CAGUACACUCCACUUGCUAGCCAUGACGACCCUCGCCGCGCUGCUCCUUCUGGUUGCCGCUUCCAAUGUCGUCAAGGCCGUGGAGUACCACAGCUUUGUAGCCACCCCGCUGUCUCCCCACUUGUACACCGCUCCGUCCUUGGACGCGGACGAGGAUGUCUUCGGCGGCAGCCUUGCCGUCGCGGAGGAGGCGGCCGCGGCGUCAGACUCGGCCGUGCACUUCCGCGUGGUCCACCGGGACACCUUCGCGGUGAACGCCACCGCGGGCGAGCUGCUGAAGCACCGUCUGCAGCGGGACAAGCGUAGGGCGGCGCGGAUCUCGGAGGCGGCCGGCGCCGGCGGUGGCAACGGGAGAAAGGGCGUCGCGGCGCCGGUGGUCUCGGGGCUGGCGCAGGGGAGCGGGGAGUACUUCACCAAGAUCGGGGUGGGCACGCCGGCCACGCAGGCGCUGAUGGUGCUGGACACCGGCAGCGACGUGGUGUGGGUGCAGUGCGCGCCGUGCCGGCGGUGCUACGAGCAGUCGGGCCCGGUGUUCGACCCGCGGCGCUCGAGCUCGUACGGCGCCGUGGGCUGCGGCGCGGCGCUGUGCCGCAGGCUGGACUCGGGGGGCUGCGACCUGCGGCGCGGGGCGUGCAUGUACCAGGUGGCCUACGGCGACGGCUCGGUGACCGCGGGCGACUUCGUGACCGAGACGCUCACCUUCGCGGGAGGCGCCCGCGUGGCGCGCGUGGCGCUCGGGUGCGGCCACGACAACGAGGGCCUGUUCGUGGCCGCGGCGGGGCUGCUGGGGCUCGGGCGCGGCGGGCUGUCGUUCCCGACCCAGAUCUCCCGCCGCUACGGCCGGAGCUUCUCCUACUGCCUCGUCGACCGCACCUCCUCCGGCGCGGGCGCCGCGCCGGGCUCCCACCGGUCCUCCACCGUCAGCUUCGGGGCGGGCUCCGUCGGCGCGUCGUCGGCGUCCUUCACCCCGAUGGUCCGCAACCCGCGCAUGGAGACGUUCUACUACGUGCAGCUGGUGGGCAUCAGCGUGGGCGGCGCGCGCGUCCCGGGCGUGGCCGAGUCGGACCUCCGGCUGGACCCGUCCACGGGCCGCGGCGGCGUGAUCGUGGACUCGGGCACCUCCGUGACCCGCCUCGCCCGCGCGUCCUACUCCGCGCUCCGCGACGCGUUCCGCGCCGCCGCGGCGGGGGGGCUCCGGCUCUCCCCCGGCGGGUUCUCGCUGUUCGACACGUGCUACGACCUGGGCGGGCGCAGGGUGGUGAAGGUGCCGACCGUGUCGAUGCACUUCGCGGGCGGCGCCGAGGCCGCACUGCCCCCCGAGAACUACCUCAUCCCCGUGGACUCCAGGGGCACCUUCUGCUUCGCGUUCGCGGGCACCGACGGCGGCGUGUCCAUCAUCGGCAACAUCCAGCAGCAGGGGUUCCGCGUGGUGUUCGACGGCGACGGCCAGCGCGUGGGGUUCGCGCCCAAAGGCUGCUGAGAGCCCCCAGGCCGGAGUGGUGAACCCGUCCUCUCUCGAGCGAGGAGAGAGAGAAUUAAUUAGCGAGUGAUUAGCUGGUAAUCAAGUGAGCCGCCUUGUUAGUCAUAAUUAAUGGAUGCGGUGGCUUGUGGGUUUGCUUUGCUUGGCCUUGGAUGCUGUGCUGUUAAAAAAAACGCGGGCACUGGGCACUUGUCAGAGUUGUCUUGUGUCUCUCUGACAGUGCUGUGUAGUAGUUUGGUUGGAUGCGCGAGAGGAGGGAAGAUAUCAGCAGCAGCAGGCGGUUGGUCGAUGAAUGGCUGUAAAAGGCACUGUCAAAAGUGUUGGGGUUAUAAAAAAAGCGGCGCUUUUAACUUU